AGGGAGCGGCGGGGGGCAGGGGCCCCGGAUUGAGCCCUCCCCGCCCGAGCUCCCGACGCGCCGAGGUCUCGGGGAGGCCCGGCCGGCGAGCGGCGGGCAAGCGGCGGGGAGGGGGCUGCGCGGGGCGGGCGGCGGGCCCGGCGCUGUUCCGGCCAGGAGGCGGGAGGCGGUUGCCGGCUGCGCGCCGAAGCCUGCGCGCCAGUCCUCCGGCCACUGCUAUCGCCCACGGCCGCACCAUGGCCCUAAAGGCCGAGGGCGCCGCACUCGACUGCUUCGAGGUGACGCUCAAAUGCGAGGAAGGGGAGGACGAGGAGGAGGCCAUGGUGGUGGCAGUAAUUCCGCGGCCCGAGCCGAUGCUCAGAGUGACCCAACAGGAGAAGACCCCACCGCCUAGACCCAGCCUGCUAGAGGCGGGCAGUGAUGGCUAUGAGGAGCCGAAGCAGCAGGUGUCUUGGGAGCAGGAGUUCCUGGUGGGCAGCAGCCCAGGAGGCAGCGGGCGGGCACUGUGCAUGGUGUGUGGCGCUGAGAUCCGGGCACCCUCGGCCGACACGGCUCGCUUGCACAUCUUGGAGCAGCACCCUCACACCUUGGACCUGAGCCCUUCUGAGAAGAGCAACAUCCUGGAGGCCUGGAGUGAAGGGGUGGCCCUCUUGCAAGAUGUGAGAGCUGAGCAGCCGUCCCCACCCAACUCAGACUCGGGCCAGGAUGCCCACCCAGACCCAGACUCCAACCCAGACCCUGCCAGAAUGCCAGCCGAAAUUGUCGUUCUCCUUGACUCUGAGGAUAACCCAUCCCUCCCUAAAAGGAGCCGGCCCAGGGGACUCCGCCCCCUCGAGCUUCCUGCUAUCCCUGCCACAGAGCCAGGAAAUAAGAAGCCCCGUGGUCAGAGAUGGAAGGAACCCCCAGGGGAAGAGCCAGUCAGAAAGAAAAGAGGCAGACCUAUGACCAAAAACCUGCACCCUGACCCAGAGCCCCCAUCGCCAGACUCGCCCACGGAGACUUUCGCAGCACCAGCCGAGGUCCGACACUUCACUGACGGCAGCUUCCCCGCCGGCUUCGUCUUGCAGCUCUUCUCCCACACCCAGCUCAGGGGCCCAGACAGCAAGGACUCACCCAAAGACAGGGAAGCGGUGGAAGGAGGCCUUCCCCGAGCGGAGAGCCCCUCUCCAGCUCCCCCUCCGGGGCUCCGCGGGACACUGGAUCUCCAGGUUAUCCGCGUGCGGAUGGAGGAGCCCCCAGCGGUCAGCCUCCUGCAAGACUGGUCCAGGCACCCCCAGGGCACCAAGCGUGUGGGAGCAGGUGACACCUCAGACUGGCCCACAGUUCUGUCAGAAUCCAGCACCACUGUGGCAGGAAAGCCGGAAAAAGGGAAUGGGGUGUAAAUUCUUGCUUUCCUGGGGAGGGAGGGAGGGAGGAGGCAGCGUCCCCCAGUGGCUUAUAACUCAGAGCUGCCUGGCUCACCCACCUGGUGGAGAGAGUAGAAACAGGUGCCAGGGCAGGAGGGGGCUGGGGCAGCAUCCACUGUUAUUUCGGGGCACUGGAAAGUGUCUGUUCCUGGCCAGGCCUGAGGUCGGCGAGGGUGGCUGAGGCUGUUGUGCAGUAGGGCACUGGGCCUGUGGAGAACACCUACCCCAGUCCUUCGCUGACCCCCACCUCUGUUUGUCCCCCAUGACCUCCUCCCACCCUCCCCCUGCUCCCCACCAUUCUCCCUUGGCACAGUGCCUUACACAAGAGUGGUCAUAAGGGGGUUUGAACUGAGUCCCACUACCUCGGGGGACACCUCCCCUCCCCACUUGUUCAGGCUUCUAAACCAGGAGGCCUCCAUUACCUCUUCCUGUCCCACCCCUGCAGAGGCCUGAAGCUGGGCCUGGGCACCCCAUUCACUCCCGUUCUCAUUUACAUCUGUUUUCCUGUUGUAUAUAUCACCUUUGUUGACAAUAAAUUAUUUUUUUUUAUUAAGA